AUGGCGGAGUCGGCCAGCGAGUGCCGGCUCUCCCGCGCCGAGCAAGGGUGCAGCAAAGGGAGCGUGACUGCUCGCGCACCUCCCCGUGGCACCGCAGAAAUAUGUGACAAAGGGAAUAUGACUGCUAACACCGCUUCUCACGUCCAGCCUGGAACCAGCAUCACCCUCUCAUGCCAGCUGAAACCCCUGCAACACCCUGGGCGGUGCAGGAUCGCGAUUUUCUUUAACAGCUCUGAACUAACCAGCAAUUACGGCAGUUCCGUAAGCACCAAGUUUCGAGUCCGUACGCACGGCAAACACAUGUUUACGUGCAAAAUAGUUUGUGAAUACAAGAGAAAACUCAUUUGUGGAAUCCACCUAGAAUCUGGAAAUCCUCCAGAUGAGCCAAGAAAUGUGUCGUGUAUCCAGUACGGGACAGACGGCCGUCCCACCUGCACCUGGGACAAAGGCAGGCUCACGCACAUCAACACUACGUACGUAAUACAGCUAUCAAACGGGACAGAUGUCUCGUGUGCUUCAGAAGAAAGUCCGAACAAGAAGUUUGGCUCGCUGGCUCUGAGCAAGUUGAAUUUCGACUCUACGUACACCGUUGUGGUUGCCGCCUUCAAUGAGCUGGGACGUGCUUUCUCACAGCCGCUCGCGUUCAUGCUAAUAGACAUAGUGAAACCACAUCCUCCCAACUUUUUAGUGGAAUUUGAAAAUUCUUCGGUGACCAACUGCACCUUUUUUUGGCGCGAGGAAGCGCAAGCGCGGCACUGCCGGCUGAGAUUCCGUCCGCUUGGCAGGCACAGCUGGAGCACGAUUGAAAGCUUAAACAGGGAAAAAUGCAGCCUUUACGGUCUGGAGCCUCACACAGCCUACGAGUUUCAGGUCAGCUGCAAAAUCCACCCCGAGCGAGGACUGUGGAGUAACUGGAGCACGUACCGAACCCGGACCCCCGAAGCAGCGCCGACCGGGCUCCUGGACGUCUGGUACCGACAGCAGGACCUGGACUCCCAACAGCAGAACAUCUCUCUUUUUUGGAAGGCUUUGAGCAAGUCGGAGGCGAGAGGAAGAAUCCUGGGGUACACAGUGACCUUCGAAGCCCUGGGCCGGCAGAGCCGGCGGGCAGACGCACACCUUACCUCCCGAACCAGCUACGCCAGGGUCACGCCGAGGGGGGACUACAGGAUAACGGUCACCGCCGAGAACUCGAGGGGCAGCUCCCCCCCUGCGUCCAUCCUGACCGAGCUGGGCAUCCAGGAUCUACCUCCUCCUCAGAAAGUCUCUGCCGAAGCCGUGGGAAACGGCAGCAUCCUCGUCACCUGGAAACCGCCCAUCAGAGGGACCGCGUCCAUCAGCGGGUACGUGGUGGCGUGGGCAGACUCGCCGAGGACCACGCACCCCGAGCCCCAUCCAGCCUGGGUCAAGCUUCCAGCAUCCAACCUGUCCGCGGUGAUAGCAGAGCACAUAAAAGAUAACGUGUGUUAUCAGAUCAGCGUGUUUGCACUCUAUCGCAACAGAGCUGGACAAGUGGCAUCAGUCAGGGGAUACUCUAGAGCAAAAGCACCAUCAGCUGGGCCCCAGAUGUACACGACACCGCAGGCAAACGGUAUCUUGGUUUCAUGGGAAGAAAUCCCAGCCCACCAGCAAAGGGGCUGCAUCACCGGGUACCACCUCUACCUGCAGCCAAAGGAGGGGCAGGCAGCCCCAGCUGUCUACGGUGGGUACCUGGUGAAGGCCAACGCGGUGGGCACCCGCUGCGGGGGGCGGCCGGAGGGGAAGGAGCGGGAGAGAUCCUUCGGAGAGCUCGGAGCAGGCGGGGGAUUGCACUCGCUCCUCUCCGCGCUUGUGCCGCAGUGGCAGAGCAAAGCCAUUCCCGACCCAGCGAACGCUACGUGGGCGAAGAACUACUUGUCCAGGAAG